AUGAAAAAUUUACUAAAAACUUUAUUUGGGAAUUGUAGUAAAGAUAAAGGGGAAGUUGACCAUAUAAACGAAGAAGUCAAAAAAAAAGGAGAAACAAAAAAGUUCUUUAGCAAAUUUGUAAAAAAAUCUAUUGUAGAAGACGAGGAAUGUGAAAGAGCUCAACAUGAGGUUAAAAAAAAGGAUAAAAAAGGUAAUAAAUUAGUGAAUUGGUUUAGAAAAAAAUUCAACAAGAGGAGAAUGGAGAAGAAAACGGUUCCAAUUGAUAAUUUGGAUAUUGGGAAGGAUAGCGAAAGUAGUGAAAAUCUAAGAUAUAGCCCUCUGGCUUCCAAUGAACUUGCAAAUACCAAUGAGUCCAAAGUUAAUUUAUCCAGGACUCCUAAUGAUAAAGGGUCGAUUAACAAUAAACCGCGCAGUGAAUUUAGCGGCCUCGAAUUUUGGGAAUUGGAAAAAAUUCUAAGAAAACCUGAGUACCAAUUGUCGGAAUUUAGAUGCCAUGGCGUUUUAGGAUGCGGCGCGUAUGGGAAGGUAUUCAAAGUCAAGCGUAAGAAUACCUCCCAAAACUAUGCUAUGAAGUUUGUCAAUAGACGAUAUGUAAAUGGCACUGAGGAUAUGGCCUCUAUAAAGUGGAUUCGAGCAGAAUUACAUGUUCUUGAGACUGUCAAGAACCAUCCUUUCCUGGUUGGCCUUCAUUCCUUUUACCAAACUCCCCACAAGUAUAUAUUGCUGAUGGAUUACAUAUCUGGUGGAAAUCUUAGAUGUAUUCUGAAUAGAUAUGGACGACUGGUGGAGGACCAUGCCAUAUUCUACGGAGGAGAAAUAGCAAUUGCUUUAAAUUUUCUACACGACAAUGGGAUCAUUCAUCGUGAUCUAAAACCCGAAAAUAUACUCAUAGACCGUGAGGGCCAUACCAAACUAGCCGACUAUGGAGCAUGCAUGGAGGGUUUAGCGAAAGGAGAGAAAGUUAACACAUUCUGUGGGACAAUCCCAUAUAUGGCGCCCGAAAUUUGGCAUGGUGAAUAUUAUGAUUUUGGUGUGGAUUGGUAUUCGCUCGGUGUUCUUCUUUAUGAAUUUCUAGUGGGCCCUAUAAUUUUUCGAGGGUCUGAUAAAGCGACGUACUACUACUAUCAAGAAAGGUUUUCCGGUCCAUGGCGUGUGUCAGUCGAAGCUAAUUCUAUUAUGAGUGGACUUCUCAAUAUAGAUCCCAUGGAAAGAUUAGGAAGUAAUCCGAAAACUGGUUUUAGCGAGAUAAUCUCCCAUUCCUUUUUCGCUUCAAUUCAUUGGGAUAUGCUCCUAAACCAGCAAUUGUACCCACCCUUCAAACCGAAAAAAAAAAUAAAAUAUGGAUUUUUGACCUAUUUCUUCGAUUCUUUGCUCUAUUUAGCGUAUGUAAAAGAGUUAAUGUGA